AUGGUGCUCACGGAGCGAGAAAAAGAUGAGCGCAUCAGCGAUGGAGAGGCUACCUUGCAGAACAAUGGCAUUACAACGCCCGACGAGGAGGAGCUGGCGCGGACAAAAUCGGCCGUCUCAAUCGCCGAGACGUUCUCGCUGCCUCAUGAGAUCCUCUUCAUCUCGACCAUUUGCAUGGCCCAAUUCAUGACCCAAGGAGCUCUAGGAAACUGUCUUAAUCUCUUGCACGUUAUUGGCGCCUCAUUUUCUUUGAGCAACCCAGCAGAGCUCAGCUGGUUGAUCGCUGGCUACAGUUUGACGGUCGGCACGUUUAUCCUCGUUUCAGGUCGCCUCGGAGAUGUGUUCGGCUACAAGCGCCUGUUUCUGAUCGGAUUCGUGUGGUUUGCUUUGUGGUCAAUGAUCGCAGGCCUCGCUACCUAUUCCAACCAUGUCCUUUUUGUCUUUGCAAGAGUCUUUCAGGGCAUCGGUCCAGCCAUUGUGAUGCCCAAUGGCCUGGCGAUUCUCGGAGCUUCGUAUCAUCCAGGACCCAAGAAAACGCUCGCUUUCGCUCUAUUCGGAGCUUGCGCACCCGGUGGCAACGUGUUUGCUGCUGCGUUCGCCGGUCUCUUUGUUAAGGAUCAUGAAGAAUGGUGGCCUUGGGCCUUUUACUCGUUCGCAAUUGGCCUGGCUGCCAUUGCUGUUUUCGCGACAUUCAUCAUCCCCGAUCCCCCUCACAAGUUGUCAUCGUCGAGCAUGACAUGGAAGGAGAUCCUGGAUCAGCUGGAUCUCCUGGGUGCAACAACCGGCAUCACUGCCCUGGUCCUCUUCAACUUUGCCUGGAACCAAGCCCCGAUCGUUGGCUGGGAGACACCGUAUGUCUACGUGCUCCUCAUCAUCGGCGUUCUUCUAGUCCCGGUCUUCUUCUACAUCGAACUGCGAGUCGCCUCAAAUCCUCUCAUUCCGUUCGACACUCUAACAAGCGACGUUGGAUUUAUCCUCGCCUGUGUAGCCGGUGGCUGGGCUUCAUUCGGUAUUUGGAUUUACUACACCUGGGAGUUCUUCCAGCUUUUGCGGGGAGGCUCGCCCCUUCUCACAGCGGCGUGGAUGAGCCCUGUCGCUGUUUCAGGCGCAAUAGCCUCGCUGACGACCGCGUGGCUGCUGCACUUUACACAUCCCGCCCUGGUCAUGUUGAUUGCCCUCGUGUCGUUCACGGUUGGCACGAUUUUAAUGAUGACUGCUCCUGUUGAGCAAAACUACUGGUUUCAGUCAUUCUUCAGCUUGAUCAUCAUGACCUGGGGGAUGGACAUGUCCUUCCCUGCAGCAACGUUGAUUCUGUCAAAUUCCGUGAAGAGGGAACACCAAGGAAUUGCGGCAAGCUUGGUGAGCACGGUUGUCAACUACAGCAUCAGUCUCGGCCUGGGAUUUGCCGCAACGGUCGAGGUGCAUGUCAACAAUGGCGGAGAGACGAUGGCUGAUCUUUUGUUUGGAUACCGAGCAGCUUGGUACAUGGCUGUAGGAUUCUCUGGUCUGGGUCUGGGAAUUAGCAUCAUCUACUUUAUUCGGAGGAUGAUGAAGGAAGGCAUUACAGGGCGCCGAUAG